AUGUCGAGUCAGAGAAGGUGGCACCCAACAACGUACCUCCUCACAAUUAAACAGGGAGAUGAGGAAAGCCUGAAGGCCUACCUGUCUUGGUUCAACAAGGAGUGCAUGACUAUUGACGACUUGGACGAGAAGAUAUCCCUGGCGACGCUUCUUGGAGGGGUCUGGCCACAAUCCCAGUUCAUGGUUGAGCUGACAAGGAGAACUCCUGUGACGCUGCGGGAGUUCAUCGAUCAGGCCGACAACUUCAUCAAUGCUAAGGACACUCUUCAGGCCCUAACAGAGCCAAGAAAGAAGGAGCUGCAGCGAGCGGAAAGGAAGGCAAGGGCCCCAGCUAACGCUAAGGCCUACGAGAAGCAGGAGAAGAGUUCCCAAGACAAAAGAAGGGAGGAAGCUCCGACGAGGGGUCUGGGACCUCGUUUCAACCGACCCGUAUUAACCAUCCAUGAGGCGACACCUCUAUCGCCCGUGAAGACGAUGACCAAGGUAUUGCCUGCCGUUACUGCAUAUACUUGCAACUUAUAG